ACAGACAUGGCUGGGUCAUGCUUGAGCCCACAGCACAAACCCCAGCGUGCCCAGGCACACCAAGAGCACCCCCAGUCCUGCCCUUGAGCCAGAGUGACCCUUGGGACAGUCCUGCAAACAGCCUCGGGCCACAGCAGGGACACCCCACUGCCUCGGGCACUGCCUCACACUCCAGCCACGUUUAGUGCCCACGAUGAGGGGGCUUGGACUUAGCUUCAUCCUGGAGUGCCUCACAACCCCUUUGUAACAGCCUUAGAGAUUCAAAUUAUAUCUAGAUUUGUAUGUGGAAAAAUAUAUUUAUCUCAGGAGUCUUCAUAAUAAACCAUCCACAACCCAACUUUUUCAGAGGGUCCAGAGCCACUCCAGUUACUCUGUCCUGCAGCACUCCAGUGCUUGGGGGUGUUUCUAAGAAUGGUCAGGCCUCUGAGGAGUACAGAGGACUUGCCUACAAAAAUACCUCUUUUCAAAAACAUUCAUAUAAUUGAGAAUGUUUUUUCUCAUUUAAAGGUUCUCUGAAUUUUGAGACUGGGCAAUGCGUUUGCCUAAACCACAUCUCCAGGAUUCACAAAGCAGACUGAAUUCUAGUAGGAAGAAUUCAUUAAAAAUAAAUUCAUCAGCAGCUUGUGAAAUUUUGUUAUUUUUAAAUACCUGUCACUGUUCUGAGCUGUCAUUAACUCAACUCUUCCAAGGCAAACAACAGGCUACAAAGAGCUGAUAAAUGCUCCAAGCACAGGUGUAGCUUUAAGGUUUUGGGACACUUCUCUUGGCAGCACCUGAGCGCAGGACAGCUCAGGAGACAGCACACAGAACUUUCAUCUGCACAAGAGAUUCCGCCCCCUCCCUGUUACCUCCUGUGGUUCUGAGAGCUAACUUGGGCAAGCUGGUGUUUUUCCCCCAACAUGUCAGGGUAUAGCUGUCACCAAAGGAAGUGUGUCACAGCUUUUGUGGUUUUAGUUCCCCACUUCGAGCCACAUGUCACUGCAGUUACAGGUUUGCCUAAAACACCAGCACUGCCCAAAUCUGCCUGCUGUAACUGAUGGUUGUCUGCAUCUUAGGAGCAAAUAUAUGCACAAGGAAAUCUUAUUGUCAAAGGACUGAAUAUCUGAAACAUCCAUGUUCUGUUGACUGCAUCUUGGCAAGGGGACUCAACAGGAAGAUGCAGACAAAGAGAUGCAGUACCCCACACCUGGCCUUCCCAGUCAUGAUCAUCUUCUCCCUGUGGCUGCAAACGAGUGCAAACCACACAGGCUACCCUCAUCUCAGAGAAGAGACCUGGAGUCAGAACAGGACAGAAGCAAGCACAAAGUCUCCUCUGAGCCUCAAUUUCAGCAGCCAAACAACUAUUUCUGAAAUGCAAAGUACCCUGCCAUCCUCCUCCUCCACACUGGCCCAAAAUUCAACAUCUUCCCGUGCCAAAAUACGAAGUACCCUGCCAUCCUUCUCCUCCACAACGACUCAAAAUUUGAUUUCCCCUACCCCAAGUGCAGUUUCCACCACGGGAGGAUUAGAGAAAAGCAGCAAACCCAAGAGCCCAACGACCAAAGAAAUGUGUGAAGACAAUAAGUCUCUCAUACUGAUUUGCUUCAUUAUCAUUGCAGUUCUUGUGCUCAUCUGCAUCUCCCUGUUUCUGUCCACAGUCGUAGCAGCCAACAAAAUCUCUUAUCUCAAAAGAGCCCAGCAGGGCAAACGCAGGCCCAGGAGCAAUGGAGACCUCCUGGCCACCAACAGCUUAUGGCCCACAGCAGCAGGAACGUGGCAGAGGAUGCCCCAGGAGACAAGUGGAACCGAGCUGAUAAUGCAGGAGCUGGUGUCAGGGAGGGAUGCUGUGAACCAAAGGAAAACUGAAGAUGAAAGUACUGAGAAACUCACCAAAGCAGCAGAUAAUGGACAAGAAAGCAAAGAACCAUCCCAGUCACACAAACCCAUUUUAACCAAUUUUGUAGUUGAGAUUUAAUUCACACUCAGGUAAAAAUUCAUCUUUUGCCUUUGUUACACCAUUAACAUAGGGCAAAAACUUGUAUUUCAAGUAACAGCAAGAAUUUCUCCCCAGGAAAGCAAAAUCCAGAUUUUAGAGCUUAUCCAAUUAUGCCAGUGGGAAUGCUGCAGCCAUGUGUGGAUCCAGAGGACAGUAAAACUGUGUUAAACAGCUUUCUGUAAGUAGUGUCAAGACUGGUUUUACUCCUUUGACCAGAAAUCAGGGUGACAGGAGCUGAACAGGAUAAACCAAAAGGACAGAAUCUGCCCAAGCUCAAAGACCACAGAGGGGAACAAGGAACAGACUGUCAGUCUGCUCAACACUCUGAACACUAAGAUGCUGCACAGGCAUAACCAAAUUGCUUUUCAAAGGAAACCAUACAUUAGUCACAACUCUGAUUCAACCACUAAUGCAGAAUCUAGUCCUUCUCAAAAUGCCCUUUUGGAUUUUCCAUCAAGAACUUCUUAAACCAGCUGAAUUACUUUUGAAGCAGACUGGAACCAUAUUUAUUGUGUUUCGAUGUUGGCUAUGAAUAGAUGAAGUCUGUAGU